UCAGAGGCAAGCUGCAAGAUGAAGCACUUACUAGUUUUUGCCAGUGUCUUUGCUGUAUUUCACCUCAGCAAUUGUGAUACCCCAGACUUUUGCCACCUUGCUGAAGAUGAAGGCGUUGGAAAAAGCUUCAUCGUUUUAUUGUACUACGACGCCAACAAUGACCAGUGCAACCCGUUCAUAUACAAAGGCCAGGGAGGCAACAGCAAUCGCUUCCUAAAUGAACGGGACUGCAUGAGGAACUGCUCUGCCAAGAUAGACCAGAUCUACCCCACGGAUGCAACGGGAAUGUGCCACUUGACGAAGCUCAGUGGUGGAUGUAACGGCAGGUUUCUGAGAUAUUACUACGAUUCUGUCCAUGGAAAGUGCAAAAAAUUCCUUUGGACAGGCUGCCACGGAAAUGGAAACCGAUUUUUUGACCAUGACAGCUGCAAUGCUACUUGUGCCGGUAUCUAUGACAACCGAGAGGAAGAAGAGGAAGAUGAGCCAGACACACCAAUUGCAAUCAUCUGUGGAGUUCUGCUCGCGGUUAUUAUCGCAACCAUCAUCAUAACCAUCAUUGUCUUGACAGUUCAGUCCAAAAAAAGUCAGAAAGCACCGGCAAAAAGGAAAGAUGAAGAGCCUGACGCUCCUCUCAGGGAGCAGAGUCUUGAAAUGGCAUGACCAACCAAACACCUUGGUUUUUUUUUUGUUUUUUUUUUAAGCGUUGAUACCUUACUUUAGAAUAUGAUUCUAACUUUCUGUUUAACACACGGUACUCAGUAUCGGUUUUGGGCCACCACUGUCUUUAUUGUUUUUACCUUUUUCACAACAGAAUUUUUGACAAGAUACUUCACAUCUUGGCUCGACAUAAAGGUGCAAUUCUAUUUCCAAUUUAGGAUAGAACCGCAUCCCUCCCCCCUUAAUGGCAGCACAUGUCUGUUCAUCAUUGACAGUACUGCCUUCUCAUGAGUGACAUUCUAGUUCAACACAUUCACUUUAGCAAGAACUAUAACAGUGGCCUUUGACCUUUGCAGUACUGUACAUAUGUAAAAGGCAUUCUGUAUUGUUUUUAAGAUACUGUUCAUCUGAUUGUGAGCCAAUACAAAAAUCU